AUGUCUUGGAGCUUCCCCGUGAUCGACUGCAUCUCACUGCGUCGCUGCCUCGUCGUGAGCCCUCCCCUCGGCUAUAUAAGCGUGCCCCGAGCCCUCCCGCAACUCACUCACUCCUCCCCCGCCUCUUUUGCCCACCGGAGCAGCUCUCCCUCGCCGUUUCUUCCUCGGAUCGCCGUGACCUCGCCGGAGUUGGUCUCGAUUCCGACCACCACAUCGGUCCUCUCCUCCUCCCGAGCUGUCCACCAGAGCCUCCUCAUCCACGUGGUUCGCCCCACCACCUCGUCCCUCGCCGGAGUCCACCCUGGACGCGUGCCCCACGCACGGCCGUCGCCUCCGUCUCUCGGCCGUCUCUUCGUCCGGUCAACCCGAGCAUCCUCGCUCCGCUCCACCACCUCCACCGUCCUCCCCUCAUCCCCGCGAGCCUCCCCGACCCCUCAGCCCUCGCCGGAGUGCCCUGCUCCGACGAGCACCUCCACCACCGGCCGCCCCUGCCUCCUCUCGGGCCCCCCUCUGCCCCGCGCCCUCCACUCCUCCCCGGCGGUCGCCGUUCCUCUGAACGGGUGCGGCGUAGCCCUGCGGUCCCGCCGGUGCCCUCGGCCGGGCCGGGGAUCGCCGGAGCUGGCCGGCCCCUUGGCCGUUUCCCUCCUCUGCUUCCGGUCUGUUCCGCUCGGGAACGAACAGGAGCGAGGGGAGGAGGAAGACGACGCCUUGCCAGCUGGCCAGGAGGGCCCCCCCUCUCCAACGGACCCCACCCAUAAAAAACGUAUUAGGCCCGAAGGUGCGUUCAGUUUUUCCUCGAGGGGCCUGUUUGCUGGAAAAAAAAUCACCGAUAGGUCCCUGAUCUUCUACACCUCAUAACUCCGCAACCGUAACUCCGAUUGAGCCCCCUCCGAGAGAGAACCGUCCGACGUUUCGUUCCGCGGCUUCACCGCA